UGGGCCAUGGCUGCUGCUAUAUAUAAAUAGAUACAUAUACAUACAUGCGAAUGUAGCUUACUAUGCUCCUCUUUUGGAAAUCAAAAUGCUAACCAUGGCAAGUUAUGGAUUUGAGAAUGAGUGCAAGGAGAUUCAUGAUUCUUGGGGAAGGAUAAACCAGCUGAUUCAAUCUUUGGCUAGCAGAACCCAGCUAGAAAGGCAGCAGAUUAGAGAGACUUACAAGGCAAUUUAUGGGGAGGACUUGGUGAACAGGUUUCAAGAGGCUGAAAUGAUGAGUAACAACACAAAUGAUACUGCAGCUGCUGGGAUUUCUCCAAAACUAUGUGCAGCCUUGUCCUUAUUCAUGCUUGAACCACAUGAGCGCGAUGCAGUUGUGGCUAGGGAGGCACUUGAACAAAGUCAUCAUACCAACUAUUGUAAGGCUCUUGUAGAGAUUUUCGUGGGGCGAAAAUCGAGCCAAAUCUUCCUUACAAAACAAGCAUAUCAUACACGAUAUAGAAGGCAGUUGGACCAAGAUAUUGCCAAUAUUGAGCCUCCGAAUUCAUACCAAAAGAUUCUUAUAGCAUUGGUUACAUCGCACAAGGCGCAUCAUGCGGAUGUCAGCCAGCAUAUAGCAAAUUGUGAUGCUAAAAGGCUUUUCGAAACAGGGGAAGGAAGUCCAGGGGCCAUCGAAGAAGCUGUGGUAUUAGAAAUUUUGAGUAAGAGAAGCAUUCAACAGAUGAAGCUCACAUUUUCUAGCUAUAAGCACAUCUAUGGGCAUGAUUAUAUAAAGUCACUCAAAAGGGAACACUCCGGUGAAUUCGAAAAUGCUUUGAAAAUGGUGGUAAAAUGCAUCCACAACCCACCUUACUAUCAUGCAAAGCAGACAUUGUAUGAAAGCAUUAAGGGAAGGACAGAAGAUAAGGGUGGCUUAGCACGUUUAUUGGUUAGCCGGGCAGAGGUAGAAAUGGACGAAAUUCGAACGAUAUACAAGAACAAGUAUGGGAUUGAACUUAGGGAUGCAAUAUGUGAGAGCAUUCCUUCUGGGGAUUACAGAGACUUUCUUGUUGCAUUGGCCACAAAAUGAACUAUGUCUAUGUAGUUAAUUUAUAUACUACCAAAGCCAAGUUCAACUCAACUUUUGAAUUGUUUAUUUAAUGUAAAUUUCCGUUUUUAAUCAGCAUAAGAAAGUAUAAUACAAUAUAUAGCAGCUACUGAAAUACUAAAA